AUGGUGUUUAUAACAUUCAAAAACGAAGAAUUUAAGGGUGAUGACAGUGAUGGUGAUGGCGAUGGUGGUGGUGAUGUGAGGAAGCGGUGGUGGUGUGGUGACAGUGAGGUUAAUGGUAGGAGUGAUGGUGGGACUGGUAGUGGGGGUUGCGGUGGUAAUGGGGGUGGUGGUGAAGGUGGCGGUGGUGGUAGUGGUGACAGUCGGGGUGAUGGUGGGAGUGAUGGUGGAACUUGUAGUGGGGGUUGCGGUGAAGGUGGUGAUGGUGGUAGUGGUGACGAUGGGGGUGAUGGUGGAAGUGAUGAUAGGACUGGUAGUGGGGGUUGCGAUGGCAAUGAGAGUGGUAAUGGUGCUGUUGGGUGUGGUGGCGAUGGCGGUUGUGGUGGCAGCAGUGAUAGCCAUGAUAAGAUGGUGGUAGUAGAAGUUGUGAAUAUCUUGAGAAUAAAACUAAUAUAUCUCUCAAAAUCUCUAUGA